GAAUAUAGUCAAGGAUAAUUACUUCUGUACUUGAUACAUCCAUUUAUACAUUAUUUGUUAGGCGAGAGUCGCAGAAAUACUUAAACACUCACAACACCUCCUCCUUUCCACCUACAACCAACCACAACCCGCUUCCAAACAUAACCAAGUUCAACUUCUCCUACACUUUCCAAAUCAACCCACUCAAUCAAUCAAUUCUUUGAGCAACUGCUCCGCGCUUCCACUAUCAAAAUUCGCAGCAAGGGAAGUCUUGCCUUUUUGAGGUCGAGAAGCUCCAGCGUAUUAAUAAACAGCCAAUAUUUCGAAAUUUUCAACAUGUACCAAUACAAUAGAGGCGAUAUAGCGUGCAGAUUUUGGCGACAGGGCUACUGCCACCACGGAAGUAUGAUUCUCUCCCCGGUUUUACGAGGAAAACAUUGACUGAUUUUUUGCAGGACACUGUCUAUAUUACCACAAAGAGUAUCAAACAAACAACAGACCUGAGUAUUAUCCUGAAAUUAGAAGAACGGAUUCGAGACGGUCGUAUAGAGGAGGACAUCCAAUCACCCGCACCCAUUCUCCAAUCCGAGGUCCUCAACGCACCAAUGCUGCUACUCCUACUCCGGCUACUCGGUUGCAAAAUCUCCGCCUGGAAACUUCGAGAAAUAUUGAGCCGAGAAUGGCUACAAGUACUGCAAAUGCUGAAAGGGAGCUAGAGCCAAGUAUUUCGGUCGCCGCUCCUACAGGGGAUGCAGCCUCUCCAACGACUCUUGCAAAUGAAGCCUCCGCUUCAAUGCCGGAGAAAGACCAUGAUGAUAUUUUGAUAUACGAGCCUCGCCUAAAAGUAAUGAAGCGCUUCCUGAAGACAGAAUGUGUCCUCAUUACUCAAAUCAUCGAGGAGAAUUCCCAAAAUACCGACCUCGAUGCUAUUGCUAUCCUCGAAAAAGCUAGCGAAGCCGUGAUGAGACUCGGUAUCACUCACUCAGCACGUGACUGUUGGAUAUAUUGGUCCCAGAUGGGUAGGAAGCAAAGUGUUAUCGCCCGUGAUUGGCCUCCAGAGUCAGAGGAUGUCGAUGAAGAAGUAAUGGCGUUUGACCGCAUCCGAAGAGCUCCAGACGCAGUUAUGUUACUUACAGUACCUGCCACAAAGGCGUCGGAGCUUUUGCCAAAAGAGCAAAAGGAACAUCUCUAUGAGGUAAUCAAAAUGAUGGAAAGCAGCCAGUAUGGUAUGCCAGUAGAGACAUUUUGGAGCAAAGUUGAAGAAGCCAUGAAGCAAGCUGGAUAUGUCGAUGGUCGACAUAAGCAACGUGAAUAUUGGGAGGAGGAUGGUCGACAGGAGUUCGCUUAUGAUGAGAGACCACGUUUCAUAAGACGCAUCCAAAAGACAACGACAAAGCAGACCGGCUUUACCAUUCCAAAAAGCCCUGCCAACCGGAUCAGACUAUCCGCAAGGAGGAACAAUCUUAGGCCAGGAGUGAUGAGCGCAGAUUUUUCAAUCCAGGAGAAUAAGAGCAAGAAAAGACGUUCUGAUUCUGAUGAAUAUCAGCCGAAAAGGGGCCAAAAGCCACAGACGGCUACCGAUAUGGUAACCUACCAAAAGAGCAGGUACAGGGAGAAAGACUAUACAGCGAAGAACGCGGAUGAUCACCCACUUGAAUUGAUCAUACCAUCUACUGGUGAAAAGUUCACUUCUUACAAUCGAGUACCUGAAUACCCUGAGCCUUCAGCCAGCCCUAGUCUACCCAACGGCCCAUUUUUGUUCGAGGCUGCACAGCAAAUUGGGCUUCCUGCACUCCCUGCACCAACUUCACCUAUCUCCGAACGACCAGUAAAACGAGCCAGGCUGUCGAUUGAACAGGCGCCGGACAGGGAGUCGACCCCUAUUUGGGAUACAGCUGAAGAAAUCCUCGGGUUGUUUGGCCCUGAAACUCCCCAGCGUCGGAACUCCGCAGACAGCCAGAAUGUCACAGACUACAACAGCGACGAAAACAGCAUGUCCGUUCCGAAUAGUAGAACUCGUCGCCCAGUAAUAACCAUGAGACGAGAGGAGCCAGCUGUCGUCCCAUCGGACACGGGUGCAAUUGGAUUUCGCUCAUCAAAGACACCUUCGCUCAUUGAAGAUGAUUCCACGGUAUCAGACGAGACAAUAGAUGUUCCGCAACGGCCACAAACAAUUUCGACCAAUUCUAACAUUUCAGCUACACCUACGCUCAUUGCCGACAAUCCUGCAACGUCAGAUGAGCAAAUGGUGGGUAAUUCCCAUCCAUCUCAAUCGACUCCGACAGAUGGUAUCGAGACUGACGACACCAUUCUAAAGGCAAUCUUACAAAAGAAGCUGGAACAAGCCAACUCAGAGAUUUCCAAUCUGCAAACGAACUUACUGGAAUCCAGAGGAGAGAAAGCAGACACGGAAAAGAGAAUUGUUGUCGUCGAUUCGGACAUUGAAAAUCUGAUCAUGAUGAGAGAUGCUUUGAGGAAAAGUCAAGCCGACAAUAUGACCGAGAUUGAAAGACUCGAGGAGGAAAUCAAGGAGAAAGAAGGUUCCAAGGAAGAAUUUGAGGAAGGAAUGACUAAAGUACUGAAUCGAGCAAGUAAGUAAAUUAUGAUGGAGGAAAGAAGAAAUGUGGAUGAAUUUGUCCAGAACACCGGGAGGAAUAUAUGAACUGUAGGAUAGUACAGUGAAGUACAUAGCAUAUAAAUAGCGAUAAUUUCAUGAGAUAUCCUGUCAACCCGAAUUGCAAAUUUCCGUGAAGGUGUAAUCCCAAACCUCUAUUUGAUAUAGGAGACUGAGUG